GUCCGAGGCUUCCCUAUUUCCUGGUUCGCCGGCGGCCAUUUUGGGUGGAAGCGAUAGCUGAGUGGCGGCGGCUGCUGAUUGUGUUCUAAGGGGACGGAGCGGGGGAAGACGUUUGCUCUCCCGGAACAGCCCAUCUCAUUCCUUUCCUUCGAUUACCCGUGGCGCGGAGAGUCAGGGCGGCGGCUGCGGCAGCAAGGGCGGCGGUGGCGGCGGCGGCAGCUGCAGUGACAUGUCCAGCAUGAAUCCCGAAUAUGAUUAUUUAUUCAAGUUACUUCUGAUUGGUGACUCUGGGGUUGGAAAAUCUUGCCUUCUUCUUAGGUUUGCAGAUGAUACAUAUACAGAAAGCUACAUCAGCACAAUUGGUGUGGAUUUCAAAAUAAGAACUAUAGAGUUAGAUGGGAAAACAAUCAAGCUUCAAAUAUGGGACACAGCAGGCCAAGAAAGAUUUCGAACAAUCACCUCCAGUUACUACAGAGGAGCCCAUGGCAUCAUAGUUGUGUAUGAUGUGACAGAUCAGGAGUCCUUCAAUAAUGUUAAACAGUGGCUGCAGGAAAUAGAUCGUUAUGCCAGUGAAAACGUCAAUAAGUUGUUGGUAGGGAACAAAUGUGAUCUGACCACAAAGAAAGUAGUAGACUACACAACAGCAAAGGAAUUUGCUGAUUCCCUUGGAAUUCCUUUUUUGGAAACCAGUGCUAAGAACGCAACGAAUGUAGAACAGUCCUUCAUGACGAUGGCAGCUGAGAUUAAAAAGCGAAUGGGCCCUGGAGCAACAGCUGGUGGCGCAGAGAAGUCUAAUGUUAAAAUUCAGAGCACUCCAGUCAAGCAGUCAGGUGGAGGUUGCUGCUAAAAUUUGCCUCCGUCCUUUUCUCACAGCAAUGAAUUUGCAAUCUGAACCCAAGUGAAAAAACAAAAUUGCCUGAAUUGUACUGUAUGUAGCUGCACUACAACAGAUUCUUACCGUCUCCACAAAGGUCAGAGAUUGUAAAUGGUCAAUACUGACUUUUUUUUUAUUCCCUCAAGACCGCUAACUUCAUUUUCAGAACUGUUUUAAACCUUUGUGUGCUGGUUUAUAAAAUAAUGUGUGUAAUCCUUGUUGCUUUCCUGAUACCAGACUGUUCCCCGUGGUUGGUUAGAAUAUAUUUUGUUUUGAUGUUUAUAUUGGCAUGUUUAGAUGUCGGGUUUAGUCUUCUGAAGAUGAAGUUCAGCCAUUUUGUAACAAACAGCACAACCAGUGUCUGUCACUUUCCAUGCAUAAAGUUUAGUGAGAUGUUCUAUGUAAGAUCUGAUUUGCUAGUUCUUCCUUGUAGAGUUAUAAAUGGAAAGAUUACACUAUCUGAUUAAUAGUUUCUUCAUACUCUGCAUAUAAUUUGUGGCUGCAGGAUAUUGUAAUUUGUUGCACACUAUGUAACAAACAACUGAAGAUAUGUUUAAUAAAUAUUGUACUUAUUGGAGUAAUAUCAAAUUA